AUGUACAGGAUAUUGCAGACGAUUUGCUCAACGGCUUUAUUCUCGAUGACCGUCGUCUGUUUUCACACGGUGUCGGUGCAAAUAACUGGUCGCCUGGGCAUAUUCUGCGCAACGACCCUAAUUUGGGGAGUGAAUCAUACUGGAGCUGGAUUUAUCGUCGUUGCAUUCAACAGAGACGUCAGGAAGGCACUUCUACGACUGUUGCGAAUUACAACAUCCCCAGCUAUCACAGUGUCUUCAUUGCGUCCUGUACACACUUCCAGAUUCUGA